AUGGCCAUUGAAUCUCAGAGCAGUCCGCAGUUGUUUCUUCCACUCCUGGCUGUGGUGAUAGCCUUGUCAGCAAAGAACAAGCUAGGAUUCAUUGAUGGAUCCCUAGUUGUUCUAGCUGCAGACUCAGGUCUUCAAAAGGCUUGGGCCAUAUCAAAUGACAUAGUGCUUUUAUGGCUCCUUUGUUCUCUUUUAAAGGAAAUAGCAGAGAGUGUGCUAUAUUCGCAUAGCGUAAAAGAUCUUUGGAGUGACCUGGAAGAUAGAUUUGGUCAAACAAAUGGAGCUAAGCUCUUCCAACUACAAAAGGAACUAAGUGUUGUGGUGCAAGGGAGUUCAAUUUGGUCUACUUACUUCACUAAAAAGAAGAGCUUAUGGGAUGAGCUAGAUGCUCUCAACACAUUCUCUGCAUGUGUGUGUGAAUGUGACUACGGAGGCAAGGCAAAGAGCCAAAAGGCUCAUCAGGAUGAAAGACUAUUAUAA